CACCCGAGAAUGACUUCUGCCCACAGGCUGGGGGACCGCGGAAGCAGACUGCUCUCCAAAGGAGCCUCUCGUGAGACCACAGCCCCAGCCUACACCUGGAGGGCAUCCCGCGUGGGAGCAUCCUGGGGGGGAGGCCUCCCUUCUGGGGAGGACAGCUCCCAGGGGUUAUGCUCCUGGGGUCAGCCCUGUGGACGGACAUCCUCCUGUGGGCAUCCUCCAGGGGGUGGGUUGACUUCCUCCAGGAGAACAUCCUCUGGGAAGAGGGAUAUUCUGGAGGAGGGGGUUUCCAGCAGCGCGGGUCCCGCCGCCGCCCGAGCAUGGACGACCCGGACUGCGACUCGACCUGGGAGGAGGACGAGGACGAGGACGGCGAGGGCGCGAGCGCUGGGGGCGACGAGGACGGCGAGGCCGGCGCCCCAGGGGACGCGGACGCGGAGGACGAGGACGAGGACGAAGAGGACGCGCCGGCGGCGCGGCCCGGCGCGCUCCAGGCCAGGACGACGGGGUCCCGAAACUGGCGAGCCGCGCGCGACACACGCAGGUACCGGCACCACUACCCGGAUUUGAUAGAACGGGAUGGCAACGGUGACAUGCCAAACCUGAGUUUCUACAGAAACGAGAUCCGGUUCCUGCCCAACGGCUGUUUCAUUGAAGACAUUCUUCAGAACUGGAGGGAGGACUACGACGUCCUGGAAGAGAAUCACUCCUACAUCCAGUGGCUGUUUCCUCUGCGUGAACCUGGAGUGAACUGGCAUGCCAAGCCCCUCACGCUCCGGGAGGUUGAGGCAUUUAAAAGCUGCAAGGAGGUCAGGGAGCGGUUUGUGCAGGCCUACGAGCUCAUGCUGGGGUUCUACGGGAUCCAGCUAGAAGACAGGAGCUCGGGUCAGGUGCGCCGAGCACAGAACUACCAGAAGCGCUUCCAGAACCUCAACUGGCACAGCCACAACAACCUCCGCAUCACGCGCAUCCUCAAGUCCCUGGGCGAGCUGGGCCUGGAGCGCUACCAGGCGCCGCUGGCGCGCUUCUUCCUGGAGGAGACGCUGGUGCGCCGGGAGCUGCCGGCCGUGCGCCAGAGCGCCCUGGACUACUUCGUGUUCACCGUGCGCUGCCCGCGCCAGCGCCGCAAGCUGCUGCGCUUCGCCUGGGAGCACUUCCGGCCGCGCCGCAAGUUCGUGUGGGGGCCGCACGACAAGCUGCGGAGGCUGCGGCCGCCCCUGCCCGCGGGGGAGGGGGAGAGGGAGGGGGAGGGGAGCUCCCCGGACCCCCUCCCCGGGGCCGGCGCGCCGCCGGGGCGGGCCGGGGGCCAGGAAGGGGAGGCGGGGGGCCGCGGGGAGGGGGGCCCGGAGCCCCCGAGCCCCAAGGAGAACAAGAAGAGGAAGCUGGACGCCAGCCGGCGGGAGCAGGCCCCGGGGGAACGGGGCGGCCGGAGCGCCUCGGACGUGGAGAAGAUCGCCCUGAACCUGGAGGGCUGCGCCCUCAGCCAGGGCGGCCUGAGCGGGGGGACCCGGGAAUCGGGCGGCCGGGCCCCGGGGGAGGCCGAGCAGCCCUGCCCCCAGCCCCCCCCGGGGGCCAAGGUGGUGGAGGAGGUGAGGAAGAGAAGGAAGGUGGACCAGGGCCCCGGGAGCGGCGACUCGGUGGGUGCCGGUGGUGGGGCCGAGCCCCCAGCCCCCGCCCGGCGCUGCGCCCUGCCAGGGUGCCCCGAGGCCAGAGAGAAGGAUAGUGGGGUGGAGGAGGCCGGUGGCCGGGCAGAGCUAGAGCAGGGUGCCCCUGGGAGCUCAGCCCCCGCGGGACCCUCGGUAGAUAGGGAAGCAGAGGCGGGGCCUGAGGCCAAACCCAGAAAGCCUUAAGGGAAAGGGCCGCCUGGGCAUCCUGCCCUCCGUCCUGCCGCGGGUCUGGGGAGCCACGUGGUCAGCUGUUGUCAGCACGGAGCAGUACUGGUCUGUCCCUCCUGGUCACCGCAGCCGUGGAAGGAGCAGAUCCCCGCUCUGGGAAGGCCAGGGACUUGGGGAUCCUUACCUCCAGCUCACUUCCUGCCUGCCUCCUCCAAGCCACCACCCCCCCAUCUUUGUAAAUUGGCCCUCAAGGGUCGGGGGUGGGGGUGGGGGUGGGAAUGGGGGCUCAUUUUCUUAGUCUGGUGCCGAAACCUUUUCUGAAUAAACUCAUUUGACUUUGAGUGUUUGGA